GCCGUGCGGUGGAGGAGGAGGAGGACCCAGGCUCACGAUUGAGGCUCCCGUUUGCGAAUCGAGGCAGCAGCUGCUGGUUCUACCGGAGUCGCCUGCCGCCUGCGCCACGUGACGCCGCGACGGCGCUCGCCCUCAUGGGAUAAACCGGCACGCGCCGGGGUCUGGACCCAGGGUCUGCUGCUGUUGGCGGCUUCCCCCGUGAGAUUGGCUGAGUGAUCUCAAGAGCAGCAAGGAGAAGACGGCCAAGAUGGACGAGCAACGGGCGCUCCACUCCAUCAUGAAGGACCUGGUGGCCCUCAAGAUGUCCCAGCGGCAGAGGGCCCCAGGGGUCGACCCCGGUCGGCAUAAGGGCCCCGCAGCACCCUCGACCGACGUUCGGGUCAAGUUCGAGUACCGGGGAGAGAAACGGAUCAUCCAGUUCCCACGGCCUGUCAAACUCGAGGCCAUCCGGCUGAAGGCACAGGCCGGCUUCGGGCAGAUGAUGGAGCUGCACUACACCAAUAACGAGCUGCUGAUCCCGCUGAUCUCGCAGGACGACCUAGACAAGGCCGUGGGGCUGCUGGACUGGAGCGCUCACAUGAAGAGCCUCCGCAUCCUCCUGGUGGCCGUGGACUGCGACACUCGCGACGACUCGGGGCUGGGGAAGCCGGCGAUGACUGUCAGCGGGAAGAUGAAGCCGUCCCACUCGCUGGGAGACAUCGCGCGCUGCGGACCUCACGCACCGCGCAGCCGCCACCUCUCUGUCGGCUCGCCGUCGGGAGAGCGCAGCGCGUCCCCUCCGCCCGGACACGUCCCCGCCGGGCAGCAGCAGGUGGCGCGCCAGGGCUCCUACACCAGCAUCAACAGCGAGGGGGAGUUCAUCCCCGAAGCGCUGGAUCCCUGCAUGCUGGACCCACUGAGCAGUGCGGACAACUCAAUCGGCGGGAGCUGCCAAUCUCUGGACAGCUGCUUGAGUGACAGCUACCAUCCAGGACGUAUGUCCAGGGCUCAGAGCUUCCCAGACAACCAUCACGAGUACUCGGAGUACGAGACGAGGCUGAUGGAACGUGCUGGCAAGGGCGGCACCUAUCCCCGGCGCCUCCAGGGCUUCUUCCAGCAGCAUGACAACAGCGAUGGUCGACGGACCUUCCCGCGGGUGCGGCGCCCCUUCCCCCUGGCGUUCGGGCUGGGCCAGGGCAACUGCGGCGGUGGUGGCGGCGGCGGCAGCAGCAGCAGCAGCCUGUUCCCCGGGAACGGAGACGGCGGCGCCGUACCGCGGCCACGCCGGCCCAGCGACAUGGAGGGCCUGGCUCCCUCCGCCAACGACGUGAACCACUCCAGCCGAUCCCCGCGGGCGCCCACGAACUGGCGGCUGGGGAAGCUGCUGGGCCAAGGCGCGUUUGGCCGCGUGUUCCUGUGCUACGACGCCGACACGGGGCGCGAGCUCGCCGUCAAGCAGGUGCAGUUCGACCCCGACAGCCUGGAGACGAGCAAGGAGGUGAAGGCACUCGAGUGUGAGAUCCAGCUGCUGAAGAACCUGCACCACGAGCGCAUCGUGCAGUACUUCGGCUGCCUGCAGGACGCCGUGGAGCGCACCCUCUCCAUCUUCAUGGAGUUCAUGCCUGGGGGCUCCGUCAAGGACCAGCUGAAGGCCUACGGAGCGCUGACGGAGAACCUGACGCGGCGGUACGCGCGCCAGAUCCUGGAGGGUGUGCACUACCUGCACUCCAACAUGAUCGUGCACCGUGACAUCAAGGGAGCCAACAUCCUGCGCGACUCUGCGGGCAACGUGAAGCUGGGAGACUUUGGCGCCAGCAAACGCCUGCAGACGAUCUGCCUGACGGGCACCGGCAUGAAGACGGUGAGCGGCACGCCCUACUGGAUGAGCCCCGAGGUGAUCAGCGGCGAGGGCUACGGCCGCAAGGCCGACAUCUGGAGCGUCGGCUGCACCGUGGUGGAGAUGCUGACGGAGCGGCCGCCCUGGGCCGAGUACGAGGCCAUGGCGGCCAUCUUCAAGAUCGCCACACAGCCCACCAACCCCCAGCUCCCCUCCAGCCUGUCGGAGCACGGCCGCGACUUCCUGCGACGCGUCUUCGUGGCGGCGCACCAACGCCCCUCCGGCGAGCAGCUCCUGCGCCACCCUUUCGUCUGCUGGCACUGACGGCCCUGGCGGCUCCCGCGGGCUUCCCUGCGGGGCCUCCGCUUUGUCCGCCGUAGCCCCCAACGAGACGACGGGCUCCCCCUCCCCACCCCCUCAAACCCGCCCCCCACGGUCGUGCAACUCUCAAAGCCCCCUCCCCUCCCCCCUACCCAUCCCGCCUCCGCCCCAACCUGUUCCACGCUUGCCGUGCGAGCCGCCGGUUGAUGCCUCUGCGGUGGCGCGGUUGGGCCCAGCGGCACCUGCCGGAGGCGGCGCGUCCUCCCCUGAGACGCCUCCCGACGGCUCGUCGCCGCCUCGGAACGGCGCUCGCCAUGCCACUGGCUGUUCCGCUCGUCGCAAGCCGCAGGCGGGGGUUGCGGCUGCGCUGGAGGGGGAGCGGUAGGGCCUUUGCUGAGGGGUCCCCCCCCCCCGUUCUCUCGCGUGUUCUGCAACCGCCUGAGUCGUCUCCCGAUCGUCGGCGUCUUUGGGGUGGUGUGGGGCUGUUGUCUCCAACCUCGAGCCAGGCACAUCGGCUGAGGUGGCCCCGCCGGUUGGAGCCUGGGUUGAGUUUGGGCCUCUCGGUUGCGAUGCGUGGCAUUGAAUUGUCUUCACCGUGAUCGUGGCUGUGGAUCGCUUGGGGCGCUGCUUCCGAUCGUCGAAGUGAUGCUGACAAUUGGAGAGACACUCCGCGGCGUGAUCGUGGAGGCGGUGGCUGUGGUGGUAAUGCGACGAAGAAUGCGACGGCAGUGAAGAUGAGGUGGGCGGUGAUGGUGACGAUGGAGCGUGUGAAGGAGAUCACGGCGACGGGUGGAAGCGGAGAUGACUCCGGUGGUGGGACGCGCGUUGAGAAGAUGUAAAUAAUCACCGUGACCGGGACACCGACGGCUCGUGGGAGUCACCGCGGCGAUGACGGCCACGACAAGGGGUGAUGAGGAUGAACCGUGGGGCUCCGCGGGACGCCGUCUUCGGGACGUUGAUGACGAGAGGAGAGACUCGACGAGGGGCCAGGAGAACGCUGGAUUCACGAUUCUUCACGCCAAUAAUUUAAAUCCUUCACUUAGUGCCAUCUUAGAUUUGUAUCGAAGUGUAAUCAAAGAUUUCUUAUAUAAAGAGUGUAUUCUUUAUUUUUUAUAAAUAAUUGAGAAGCUGCCUUAACUUCCGAGAUAUUUGUAUAGCCUUUACUAACGUGCACAUAUCUUUGUUUCCAUGUAAAUACGACACAAGUAUUUAUCGUUUAUAUAAAUCAAAAUGACAAGGGGGCCAAGAGCGGUGAGCUGCGGUGGCGAGCCGGAGUGACGAAGUGAAGAGGCGAAACCGCCCUUCUUUUACCCGACCUCUCGCACUCCCCAUUUCACCCGAUUUGACCUUCCUCCCCCCACCCCCCACUCCCCCUCCACCCCUCCCCUCCCUGGCUGGUUCCAUGUGACCACUAGCGGCACUGGCAGCACCAUGUGCAGCGAUUGGGGUUACCCCAAGGUGUGGCCAGGUGGCCUGGCGAACACGUGCUCGGAGGAAUCCAGGCCCAGCGCCCGUCUUGUCUGGGAGGUCCGGAGCCAGCCAUGGACAUUGCACAUUCCUCCUGUGGGGCCAAAGUCCUUUACGCAGUCCGACCACUUUUGACUUCUCGCCCAGCAUGGCGCGCCUGUGACCAAAUCAUCCACAACGUGCCUGGAUGUCCGAAGUUGAGCAGGGUUGAAGCCCGCGUUGAGCUUGCGUGGGCAACGGCCGUGCGCACCAGGUCUUGUUCUGUGCACGUGUGGAGCUGCUGUGUGCUCCGUUUGGGCGGCAGGGGAUAGUGCAGCAAGUUCCAUUCUCUGUGCUGUACUUCUAUGCUUCCCAUGUCCUUUACUUAUUACUGCCUUGACCAGCAGGCAUCGGCCAGCAUGGCGAAGUAUGGGCAAAUAACCCUCCUCACGAUUGACACGAGGACUGUGUGCGUGUGAGAUGCAAGUGGUGGCGGUCUUCACAGGGUGGUGCUGUAUUACGGUUAUGAGAGUUUGGCGAUAACGAGAUCCCCGCUGGUAAAGGAACAGUGUGCCAUUGUGUGGUGUGGCGGAGGGGGUGGGGGGGUGGCAUCGUGCCACCCAAGGCAUCAAUCACCUUGCAAGGUCCUCCCCAAGACCUCGAGUGUAAAAUCCUAGAGGUCUUAUUUUUGGCUGGCUUGGUACCAGGCUGGUCUCUGUUCGAUCCAGGGGUUGCCGUGAUACUACGAUGGAUCGUACGAUAUAAAGAUCCACGAUAAUCGUGUCGACCGUUUAAGCUAAUUAUCAUCGUAUCGCAAUUAUCAUUUGAAAUAUCGAAUUUCCUUCUUAAAAAAAAGAAUUUCUGGAAAAGCAAUAAUGAAAAUGUCUAAGAAUAAUCAAAGUUCGAAAGGUAAUAUCUGCAAACCGUUCCAUUCGUACAUUUUAAACGUUUUCCGUGGGAAAUAAGGGCCAUGGUGGUUAUGCAAUGUCGUCGUUUUCUGGCGGCACGUCCUGCGAUCGUCACAUGACGACGAGCACGAGACUUCUGGCAGGCUCGUGUUGCGCACACUGCAGUUGUGAGCAACAUUUUACAGCGAUCUUCAUUCAGUACUGUGCAAGUGCAGCAAAAAGCACCAAGACGAUCCAAAU